AUGCUAGAGCACGCGUACCUGGAGGUACUCUCGAGAUCUGCGGUGUCACAGGUGACCAGCUGGGACCCAGUCCUGUCCCAGGUGGUCAAGGCGGUGUCUCGAGGGGAGGAGUUGGUGCAGCAGGCUUACAGCCACAAGGCUGCCAAGCUGAGCCUACAGCAGGGCUGCCUACUGUGGUGUUCCAGGGUGGUGAUCCCACAAGGUCUCCGGUCCAGGGUCCUGCAGUUGCUGCACGCGGGUCAUCCUGGUGUAGAAAAGAUGAAGAUGGUGGCCUGGUCCCACGUUUGGUGGCCUGGCCUAGACCAGGACAUCAAUCACAUGGUGCAGAGCUGCCAAGUCAGCCAGGAGCACCAGCGGGCCUCACGUCAUGUGGAGAUCACCCCCUGGCUGUUCCCAAAGAGACCCUGGUCCUGCUUGCAUGUGGAUUUUGGGGGUUCCUUCAAGGGCCACUACUUCCUGGUAGUGGUGGACGCCUUUUCGAAGUGGGUGGAGGUCCUACCUGUCACCACUCCUUCAGCAGGCGUGACCAUUGCAACGCUGCGACAGGUCUUCGCCGCCCAGGGGUUGCCGGACGUCAUUGUGUCCGAGAGUUGCCCCUCUUUCGCCAGCACAGAGUACCUGGCCUGGCUGACGAAGAACGGAAUUCGCCGGAUGAUGGUUCCGCUGUAACACCCUGCUUCAAACGGUGCAGCCGAGUGGGUGGUACAGACAAUCAAGGACAAGCUGAAAAAGAGUAAGGCUGGAGAUUUCCGGACACAGGUUGCCCGGGUACCGCUUCAGUACUGGACCACGUCCCAUGAUGUCACUGGCCGUGCCCCC